AUGAAGACUUUCGCUCUCAUCGCUUCCCUCGCCGCCUACGCCGCCGCCCGCCCGGUGCCCGAGGAUAGCACGACCUUCAAGCUCAUCGCCACCGCCCCCGGCUCGCCCAUCGACGCCCACUACCUCACCGUCAGCGGCGGUGUCUUCCACCUCGGCAAGGAAACAAGCUCCACCUGCGGCAACAUCGCCCCCGUCUUCGAGGGCGCCCUCGCCAUGUACGGCGACGGCAAGGAGAACCAGCAGCAGACCUACGUCGACAUCUCCGGCGCCGCCAGCGGCGCCCUGUCUUUUGCGAGCCCCGAAGUCGCGGACAUGACGCCGGACCAGAUCGCGGACAAGUUCGCGCAGUCCGCCGACGGGAAGCUGACGUAUGAUGGCGGCAACUGGCUUGCCUGCCCGCAGGAGGUGGAGGGCCAGUACAUGGUCUUUGCGGAGAAGGCGUACGAGGCGCCGAAGGAGAAGUGCACGGCCUUUGAGAUUGCGACGAAGAAGGUUCGGACGCCGAAGGUUGUUUGUGUUUAUCAGUGA